UUAAAUUGUACGUAAUACUGUUAUUAUUUUUAUAUUAAAAGUAACUAAUUAUGUAUUUAACUGUGUCUAGUUAUUAGAUUAUUUAAAAUAUUACUAAUCAUGGAAAUUAACAAAGAUCUUUAAAUUUUCAAAAAACCUAAAUCGUUUUGUAAGUUUCUAUAUAACUAUUUAUAACUUAAAAACAACCAAUAACUUUAAACUCAAAAAAGUUUGCAGGGAAGUAAAUUACAGAAGCACAAAUAGAAUACACCAAUGUGACUUAGUAUGUAAUGAGUUAAUAGAAAUUCUCAGCUCAGUAGUACCCUAAUAAAUCUUUUUCUCCAAACUAAAUUCGUUUAGAAGUGUGGAUCUUGCUUAUUAACAAAGGUUAUCAAAAUGGCUGAUGGAAAACAUUUAAUAAAAGAGUGGCUUAGUGAAUAUUCUUCAUUACAAGAACACGAAAUAAAAAGUUUUGCUGCAGAACAUGAACAUAAUCAUGAAAUUGCAACAGCUAUAUUCAAUUUAUUAUAUAAUGAAAAUCAUACAGAAAAUCCAACAUUGAGUCAAGAUGUAUGUGAAGAGAUGCUAGAAAACGUCUGUAUGCAGUUGUUCAGUUUCUACAGAUCCAAAGAGACAGAAUUGCAAAGAUUUACAUUACAAUUUGUUCCAAUCUUUAUUUAUAUUUAUCUAAGCUCUGUUGCUGUAGGUAAUACCAAAUCUAUAAGAUGUAUAGAAACAUUACUUAUAGGUCUAUACAAUUUUGAAGUGGUAGAUGAAAAUGGAAAGCCCAAAGUUGUCUCCUUCAGACUGCCCUCUUUAGCACAAGCCUCCAUCUAUCAUGAGCCCCUAAGCUUAGGCUCUCAAUUUCUAACUGAAAGUGCCUUACGGAGGUGGGAAGAAUGUAACACAAAACUUGUAAGUUGGGGACCUUUAUCUCAAGUAGAAAUACUCAACGCUCAAAAUCGAUUAAAAGUGAUGGCUGCACUUUUAUUUAUUUAUAACAGACAUCUUAGUUUGUUGCCUAAACUUGCAUUGAGAUAUUUUUGCAUUUCAGCAUCCAGAAUAGUCACACAAGGCUUUAAUCACAAAACUGGACCAUCCAAAACUAAGUCCAUCCAAAGGAUUCCUGUAUCAUCCAAUUUCCUUUUAGAAAUGAUUGAGGGUGCAUAUUUUGCUAUGUUUAAUGAAUUCUACACAUUAGCUCUACAAGCAGUUCAAGAUAUAGAUGAAAGAGCUCAGUAUGAACUUCUUCCAGAUGUUAUGCUUGUUACAAGUGCGGUUAUAAAUUCACUAAAUAGUAAUCCUUCAGGACAACCUUGCGAUGGUCCAAUGGGCAUCAGUGUAGCUUUAUCACCAGCAACAACCACAGUUACUAUGUCAAAAUCUAUGAUAACAAAUGCCUCCUUUCGGACUAAAAAACUUCCAGAUGACAUUCCAAUACAAGCUGGCCAGGUGGUACCUACAGAUUCAACAGAUAUACUGACAUCAAUAACAGAAGAAGGGGAGGUAGAAAAUGCAGCACCAAUGCAAAGAGGAGCUCAAGUAAGAAACUCUAAGCCGAAAUUAAGUGCAUUUCCGGUUUUGGGUAAGAAAACAAAAGACCCCAAAGAAAAGAAUACAAAUACAAGUGAUAAAAAAAGUAAUAUCAAGGAAGCUUCAAAAGGCAAAUGGAACUCUAUAAGUGGGGGUGGCGACAUGGUGGAUGCUCAACAAAAGUCAGGGAGUUCAGAUAUUGAUGGAAAUGGCAGUCAAAAAGAUGAAAUAUCCAUGACUUCUGUUCAAAACAGCACAGAGACAUCUGAUUCACGUUCACAAGUAACUACUGAUUCUUUGGAUAUAGAAACAGGAUCACGAUUUUCUGCAAUGCAAGUCAGCUCUGUUUAAGUCAUUGUUGACUAAAGUGUUAAUUUUAUAGGCAUAAAUAAUGUUUCACACUUAGAUGUAGUAUGAUUACAAUUUCAUAAAUUAAAUGUUGGUUGGUUGUAAAGGUAUAAAAACAUUUUGAGAUCUUGUAUUUAUCAUCCUAUUUUCUUUUCAGUAGUAAAAUGGUGUUGUGCUUAAGAAUAAGAAAUUAUGUGAAAUAAAUAAUGAAAAGGC